GCCUGUCUGUAAAACGUAUACAACUUUUACGCGUGCUAAAGCAAGCUUUGCGUCACGGCUAGCGUUACUUUCUCCUCUUCCGGUGCUGACCCCCACUACUGUAUUUUGUCCCCACUUACGUUACCUAUGGACAUGCGCCUGAUGCGCUUACCAGCUUACCACGUGGCGUACUUUGUCCUAUUCGUAGUGUGUGAACACGUGGGGGGCCUUGUAGUCUGAUUUAAGCUACUGUUCAGCCGUGUUGUCGUGAAGUACCAGAAAAAAUGUCAUCCUUGUGUGAUGAAGAAAAGCUCAUCGAGCUGGUGCGCGAGAAUUCAGCCUUGUAUGAUGCAGCAUCAUCGAAAUAUAUGGAUAGCCAGUUUAAGGCGAAGAUUUGGGAGAGGAUAGCCAAGGAAUUGAACAUGUCACCGUCCACGUGUAAGACGAGGUGGAACAACAUCCGCGACGCAUAUAGAAGAUGUUUGAAAAGGCAGUCCAUAAGAAGUGGCCAAAGUGGUAAACCUGAUAACAAUUAUAAAUUUCAAAAGGAGUUGGCAUUCUUGAACAGUCACAUGGCAGUAAGGAUCAGUAGAUCUUCAGUUUCUGAUGGACCGCUUGUGGAAUGUGCAGUCGAAGAGGACAGCAUGACGCCAAGCGAUUCAGACGCAACAGAAUUACAGAAUUGUAGAGAAUAUGAGUCGGACGAGUUACCAGGACCCUCAUCCGCGAGUUCGCGCAAGCGAAGGACGAGUUCGGAUUGCGGAAACGAAAGCACAUCGACGAGAGUGCUUAAACACAACAAUCACCAACAAACAGAUACGACUAUGCAAUAUUUAAACGCAUUACAUCCUCUUUUUGAGGCACUAGACGAGGACGCUCGAUUAGAAUUACAAUUAAGCGUAUACAAAAAAGUGACCCGACGCGUUCAAAAAUAUUAUGCGGAAAGGAAAAAGAAGAAGUAAAGAAAACAGUGAUGAAUUA